AGGGGUCUGGGAGGAUGUUUGACCGGCACCAUGAAGCUAGCUUCCUAACCUUUGGAAAAGAAGAAACGAAGGAAAAAAAAAUGAGGAACGAGGAUGGGAGAGGAGCUUAUUCCGAGAACAAUUCCGACACCGAGAGCAUAGCAAGCGACAGGGCAGCGUUUAGUGGACCAUUAGGCUUAGGUGGUGGUGGCCCUGUUUCCAACAAACGAGCUUCCAAAAAGAGUGCAAGGUUCAAUCUUCCACCUGAAAUUACCUUGGCCAAGACGAACUCCACAGGCAGCUCGGCUAGUUUCGCUGCUGCUGACAAUGAUUACGUUGAAAUCACCCUGGAUAUCCGAGAUGACUCGGUUGCGGUUCACAGCGUUCAAGGUGCCGGUGGAGGUGAUGAAGACCCUGAGUUGGCGUUGCUGGCUAAGAGAACUCUGGAGAACAAGUCGGCUUCUUUCCGUUCGUAUUUGUUUGGGAACACGUCGGCUCAUAUCAAGCAGGUUUCCCAGGAGCUGAAACGUGCACUUUCAAGACGCUCUUCUAAUGCAGGCAGGAGAUUUGAUCGGACCAAAUCUGCUGCAGCUCAUGCCUUGAAAGGACUCAAGUUUAUCACCACCAAAACAGGGGCCUCCGGAAAUGGAUGGUCCUCUGUUGAGAAGCGAUUCAAUGAUUUAACUGCCUCUACGAAUGGCCUUCUUCACCAAUCCCAGUUCGGUGAAUGCAUUGGGAUGAACCAGUCUAAAGAAUUCGCCGGCGAGCUGUUUCAAGCACUUGCUCGGAGGCAAAAUAUAACCGGUGACUCAAUCAAUAAAACACAGCUCAAACAGUUCUGGGACCAGAUGUCUGACGAAAGCUUUGACUCUAGACUCCAAACCUUCUUUGACAUGGUGGACAAAGACGCUGAUGGAAGGAUCACAGAAGAAGAAGUCAGGGAGAUUAUCAGUCUCAGUGCUUCUGCAAACAAACUUUCUAACAUUCAGAAACAAGCUGAAGAAUAUGCAGCUCUGAUCAUGGAAGAAUUGGAUCCAGAUAAUGUUGGAUACAUCAUGAUUCACAACCUGGAAACUCUGCUAUUGCAAGCGCCAAAUCAAUCUGUCAGGGUAGGAGAUAGCCGUAUUCUGAGUCAAAUGCUGAGCCAGAAACUCAAACCUACUCAAGAGAACAACCCGCUAAAAAGGUGGUAUCAGAAGACUAAGUACUUUAUAAUGGAUAACUGGCAAAGGGUCUGGGUUAUGAUGUUGUGGCUUGGCAUUGUGGGGGGUUUGUUUGCAUACAAGUUCGUGCAGUACCGCAACAAGGCUGUGUUCGAUGUGAUGGGCUACUGUGUUUGCGUUGCCAAAGGAGGUGCAGAGACUCUUAAAUUCAACAUGGCUUUGAUUUUACUGCCAGUGUGCCGAAACACCAUCACUUGGCUUAGAAACAAGACUAAAUUGGGUGUCGUUGUUCCUUUUGAUGACAACCUGAACUUCCACAAGGUUAUUGCGGUUGGAAUCACCAUUGGGGUGAUCCUACACGGAGGCGCCCAUUUAACCUGUGAUUUCCCGCGGCUUCUUCAUGCCACUGAAGAAGAAUAUGAACCCAUGAAGCCUUUCUUUGGGGAGGAGCAACCUGAAAACUACUGGUGGUUUGUGAAGGGAGUAGAAGGUGUAACUGGCAUUAUAAUGGUGGUGCUAAUGGCCAUAGCCUUCACACUUGCCACUCCUUGGUUCAGGCGCAACAAGCUCAACCUUCCCAAGUUCCUUAAGAAGCUCACUGGGUUUAACGCAUUUUGGUAUUCCCAUCACCUUUUCGUUAUAGUCUACACUCUCCUCAUUGUUCAUGGCAUUUACCUGUACCUCACCAAGAAAUGGUAUCAGAAAACAACAUGGAUGUAUCUGGCUGUGCCUAUUAUUCUUUAUGCCUGCGAAAGGUUGAUUCGAGCUCUUAGAUCAAGUAUCAAGGCAGUCAAACUUCUCAAGGUUGCUGUGUACCCCGGAAAUGUAUUGUCACUGCACAUGUCGAAGCCCCAAGGAUUCAAAUACAAAAGUGGGCAAUACAUGUUUGUCAACUGCUCUGCAGUCUCCCCAUUUGAGUGGCAUCCAUUCUCCAUCACUUCAGCACCAGGAGAUGACUACCUUAGCGUUCACAUUCGAACUCUGGGUGAUUGGACAAGGCAGCUCAAAACUGUCUUCUCCGAGGUUUGUCAGCCUCCGCCUGCUGGGAAGAGCGGACUGCUCAGGGCAGAAGGAGGAAACAAUACUAGCUUCCCAAAGAUCUUGAUUGACGGUCCAUAUGGAGCUCCAGCACAAGAUUACAAGAAAUACGAUGUGGUGCUCCUGGUGGGGCUCGGAAUCGGUGCCACCCCCAUGAUCAGCAUUGUCAAGGACAUCAUCAACAACAUGAAAAUGGAAGAGGAUUCUGUUCCAGGACCCGCCUUGGAGAACGGAAAUUACAGCAAGAACAAGAACAACAAAGGGUUCAAGACAAGAAAAGCCUACUUCUACUGGGUAACAAGGGAGCAAGGCUCGUUCGAGUGGUUCAAGGGGAUAAUGAACGAGGUGGCGGAGAUGGAUGAGAAGAGGGUGAUCGAGCUCCACAACUAUUGCACCAGCGUGUACGAGGAAGGAGACGCCCGAUCAGCACUCAUCACGAUGCUUCAGUCGCUGCACCAUGCCAAAAACGGUGUCGACGUCGUCUCCGGAACUCGUGUCAAAUCCCACUUUGCAAAGCCAAACUGGCGUCAAGUCUACAAGAAGAUCGCUCUACAUCACCCUGACGCAAGAAUUGGAGUUUUCUACUGUGGGGCACCCGCACUAACCAAAGAGCUAAGACAAUUGGCUUUGGACUUUUCUCACAAGACCUCCACCAAGUUCGAGUUUCAUAAAGAGAACUUCUAACAAAACCCAGGCUGAUGCUUCUUCUUUCAAAGUUCAAUCAUUUCUAGAGUUUCCUAUACGGAGGAUAAUAUUCUUACAUACAUUUUCAUUGAGUAGUUCCAAGUGGAUAUAGCUUUCUUUCUUCUUUUUUUGGUUCUUUUUGUCCCUUAUUUUUAACAUUUUUCCAUAUACAUAAAGGUUCCUUCUUCUUGUUGGAGAGAUCAGAAAUCUUUGAUUUAGUAUUUACAUAGACUUCUCUAGCACUCUGAGAAUUGUAACAAUUUCUACUACUACAUUAAAGUUUUUACCCAUAGUUGAAUGGCCUCUUCUGGUUUUCCUCUUU